AUGGCAGUGAGCCAGAUCAAAAGUUCGAUUGCAGUAGAUGGGAAGACUAUCGACCCUAACUUGGCUAAACUUUUUGCAUCUAGCAUCGGGCCAAAGGAAGCCUCUAAAGAAACUCAACACAAAGUUCCUUGGGCACCAGAACUAUCGCUUCACCAAGAUCUAGAAAGAGACAGCCAGACAAAUGAUGGAAAUCGGAUAAAUGUAACAAAAAAAAAAGAGCAUGGAAUUACCUUCGAAAACACGCAUUCACCAACCAGUUCGAAAACUCAUCAAGAUGAAAAAAGUCAACAUAAGCUCGAAAAUCUUAUAGAACACUCCAGCCAGAAAUUUGAAAGAAAAAGAAAGCGUAAACAUGUUAAAGACGACCUUGAGGGCGACUACAUGAAAAAGCUAGCUCGCGAAGAAAAUAGAGAAGAAGAAGAGCGUCUGAUCGAGAGGAAGCUAAAGCGCUCAAAGUCCAAAACUUCAAGUAAUCUUGAAGAAAAUUCAUCCAAGGUUACUCCAGAAAACGAUGAUUCUAGUCAGCAGAGCUAUAACGAAACCGAAAAGGUUGAAUUAAUAUCACCAGACGUGCCGGUACAUGAAUCUUUGGCCCAAAGUAAAGAGGAAGUUGAUUUAGAGAAAUCAUCACGUACUGUCUUCCUUGCUAAUGUAUCAACUCUCGCUAUUUCAUCUAAAUCUGCAAAAAAAACACUGAUGGCACAUUUAAGCUCAUUUCUUCCCGACCUCAUAGCACCGCCAGAUGGGAAACCACCCCACAAAGUCGAGUCCUUGCGUUUCAGAUCCACAGCUUUCGUAGCAUCUGCUCGACCAAAGAAAGCUGCGUUUGUCAAGAAAGAGUUAAUGGAGACGACAACUAAAAGCACAAACGCCUAUGUAGUAUAUUCAACUGCAUUCGCUGCCCGAGAAAGUGUCAAGAGGCUCAAUGGUACUAUUGUGCUGGAAAGACAUCUACGAGUGGAUGGUGUGGCCCAUCCUUCAAAGGUUGAUCAUCGCCGCUGUGUUUUUGUCGGAAAUCUAGGAUUUGUCGAUGAUGAAAGCCUACUCGAUCAAGGUGCUGAAACCGAAAGAAAACGAUCAAAAAUCCCAUCAGAUAUUGAAGAAGGCUUAUGGAGGCAGUUUAGUAAAGCUGGUACGGUCGAGAGCGUUCGGGUAAUCAGAGAUGAAAAGACUCGAGUGGGAAAGGGAUUUGCUUAUGUGCAAUUUGUGGAUGCCAACUCCGUAGAGGCAGCGCUUCUUUUCAACGAUAAAAAGUUUCCCCCUAUGCUACCGCGGAUUCUCCGAGUAGUUCGUGCCAAGGCACCUGGAAAAACUGCUUCCGCUGUAGCACUCUCCCAUGCGAGCAAGAAUAAUCCUCCUACAUUUAAAACACGCAUCUUCAAUCCUAGAAUAUCAUCGGAAAAAUCAUCGCUUUUAGGCCGUGCCGCGAAACUACUCGGUCGUGCAGGCGCAGCAAAGCUGAAGCGAUCUGAAAAUGUUAGUUCAAAUGUAGGUACAAGCCUAUUAAAGAGGAAUAUAUCUACGGGAAAUCCUAGUGAAAGCAACACAAAACCACCUGAAAACUUUGUUUUCGAGGGCUAUCGCGCUUCGUCCAAAUCUGGGAGACCAAAAGACUUAAAGUUAGGCGGAAAGAAGGGAUCCAAAGCAAAAACAAGAAGUUCUAAUCGGUCAUCGGCUUGGAAAAAGGGCCGAAUCAAUAAAAGCACGAAGAAAUCUUAA